AUGCCUCUCACACCUGAACAAGUCAAUAUCAUUAAGGCCUGCAUCCCUAUUCUUAAGGAAGGCGGGGUGACCCUCACUACUCGGUUUUAUCAGAAUAUGCUUUCAGAAAACCCAGAGGUCAAGGGUAUCUUCAAUCAGGCUCACCAAGCUACUGGUGCUCAACCCCGUGCUUUAGCACAUGCCCUGCUUCUCUACGCUACUUAUAUUGAUGAUCUCUCAAAACUCACUGAUCUCGUUGAGCGUAUCACUGCCAAACACGUCGUUCUUAAUGUCCAACCUGAAGGCUAUGCAAUUGUCGGCAAAUACUUAAUUGCUACUAUGAAGGAAGUUCUUGGUGAAGAUGUGGCUACUCCAGCUGUUCUUGAAGCCUGGACUGCUGCAUACACCGAUCUUGCAGGGCUUCUUAUUGGCAUUGAGGAAAAGAUGUAUGAGGCCGGCGAGUGGCGCGGCUACCGCGAUUUUAUCGUCCAACAAAAGAUUCAAGAAACCCCCAAUGUCGUUUCUCUUGUUCUUGCUCCUAAGGAUGGUCGUGGAGUUAAGCCUGGAAAACCUGGCCAGUACAUUGGUAUCAAGCUUAACGAUGAAAAAUACUUUGCUAAUUCCGCAGGCACUGUCCGCCGUGAAUACACUCUUUCUGACAUUGGUGAUGGUAAGACUUUCCGCAUCUCUGUCAAAAAGAUUCCCAAUGGCAAGGCUUCUGGCUUUAUCCAUGAAUCUCUCAAGGUUGGUGAUGUUGUAGAAAUUGCUCCUCCUGAAGGUGAUUUUGUUCUCGCUGAACCUGAAACCACUAAAAACAUUAUCUUUAUUGCAGGCGGCAUUGGAAUUACCCCUAUCAUUUCACUUUCUAAGCAGGUUGUUUCUCAGUAUCCAAACAUUUCUGCAACACUUGUACAUGCAGUACACGAUCCAGAAGACCAACCUUUUACAAAGGAACUUUCUUCUCUUGAAGCUGAAUCAAAGGGAAAAUACAAUGUUGUUAGCUACUAUUCUAAGCUUUCAUCCACUGAAGCUCCAAAUAAGACUGGCCACAUUACUAGUGAUGAUAUUAAGAAACUUCUCCCCACAUCUCCUGAGGAACUUCAGAACACGCACGUUUACUACCUUGGUCCUCUUUCAUUCAUGACUGAUAUUUCCAAGUAUCUUUCCGAAUUAAAUGUCGAGCAUACUCACAGAGAGUUUUUCUUGCCUGACCAGAGUUUGAUUGUUGCUUAA